AGUUUGAAAACAACAUUCACCGCAGGCGAUCGGAAUCGGAAUCUCGGCUCGACAAUAAUGCCUCGUGGCAUCUGUAAUCUUCAUCGGAUCGUGCUCCUCUGUCUAUGCUUUUUGAUUUUCGGCGAUCUCAUCUACAUAGCCGCCCAAAGAAGCACUGCGGGAAAGACGGAGCGUCGCAACUACACGGGCAAAAAACCCGUGGUCAUCCAACACCGAUCACAGGAUGCAGUCAACUAUUAUGAUCAUGAAAAUGGCGCCAAGAUCAUAAAGUCUUCGCAUUUUGAAUUGGACUACACCCUGGGACGCAAGAUCACUUUCUUUUGCAUGGCUCAAGGCAAUCCCCGACCGACCAUUACCUGGUUUAAGGAUGGCGCAGAGCUCUACCAACACCGAUUCUUUCAGGUACACGAAUCUCACAUAGAAGCGAAUAUUGUUAAAUCUAAAAUGGAAAUCGAUCCAACCACUCAAAUGGAUGCUGGUUUCUACGAGUGUCAAGCGGACAAUAUCUAUGCCAUCGAUCGUCGAGGUUUUCGCACGGACUACGUUAUGGUUAACUUUUGAGAAAAGCCCACUUUUCAGCCAUUACAAAAUCCUUUGACACAGUAAAGCUGAGAUGUAACUAUAAACUACAAUGCUUUCGAUACAAUUAAAUAAAAAUAUUUAAAAAU